GAGAGAGAGAGGAGGAGGAGGAGGAGAGAGAGAGAGAGGGAGAGGGAGAGGGAGAGGAGCGGAACGCUGGGCAAGCGGAGUCGCACGGCCGGGGCUCAGCUGGUGAUUCUGUGUUGCGGGCGGAAGAUCGGGGCAAGUUUCCAUAGAAGAAGAGCUUGGGCGGUAUGCAAAGUUGUGAAAUAUCUUCAGACAGUGCAGAUGAUCCUCUCAGUAGUGGCUCCCAGAGAAAGCGACAACCUCGAAUAGUAGUUAUCGGCGCUGGGCUUGCUGGCCUCUCUGCUACAAAAAAACUCCUAGCGAAUGGAUUCACAGAUAUUGUCAUUCUAGAAGCAUCUGAGCGAAUUGGAGGCAGAGUGCAAAGUGUUAAACUCGGCUGUGCUACAUUUGACCUUGGGGCAACUUGGAUUCACGGUGCUCAUGGGAACCCGAUUUAUCAGCUAGCAGAAGACCAUGGUCUCCUUGAAGAAACUACAGAUCGGGAGCGAAGCAUUGGCCGCAUCAGUCUCUACUCUCGGAAUGGAGUGGCACACUACUGCACCAGCAGUGGGCAGAGAAUACCUAAGGAUGUCGUUGAGGAAUUCAGCGAUGUAUACAACGAGGUCUACAACCUGACUCAGGAAUUCUUCCAACGGGGAAGGCCAGUUGGUGAAGAAAGCCAAAACAGCGUUGGUGUUUUCACGAGGAGUGGGGUGCGUAAGCGCCUCAAAGCUGAUACCGAGGACACAGGUAUCACCAAGGAGCUGAAGCUGGCGAUGCUUCAGCAAUUCUUGAAGGUUGAAAGCUGUGAGAGCAGUUGCCACAGCAUGGAUGAAGUAUCCCUUAGUGAGUUUGGUGAGUGGACAGAAAUCCCUGGAGCCCACCACGUCAUUCCGAGCGGCUUCAUUAACAUAGUGGAGAUCCUGGCGCGGGAGAUCCCCAAAUCAGUGAUCCAGCUGAACAAGCCAGUCAAGUACAUUCACUGGAACCACUCGGUCAGCAAGGAAAUCCAGCUGAUCAGCACCUCGUUCCCGAGUCACAACCUGGACAGCCAGGAGGAGGAGGGCUAUCAGGUCUACGUGGAGUGUGAAGAUUGUGAGCUGAUCCCAGCUGAUCAUGUCAUCGUGACCAUGUCCCUGGGAGUGCUGAAAAAGUACCAUGAAACCAUGUUCCACCCCCGCCUCCCUGAAGAGAAGAUCUCGGCCAUCCAGAUGCUGGGCAUUAGCACCACGGACAAGAUCUUCCUGGAAUUCGAGGAGCCGUUCUGGAGUCCCGAGUGCAACAGCAUCCAGUUUAUUUGGGAGGAUGAUGCGGAAAACGAGAGCCUCGCUUAUCCAGAGGAGCUGUGGUACAAGAAGAUCUGCAGUUUUGAUGUGCUGUACCCCCCCGAGCGGUACGGGCACGUGCUGAGCGGCUGGAUCUGUGGAGAAGAAGCCCUCAUCAUGGAGAGAUACGACGAUGAAAUGGUGGCGGAAACCUGCACGGAAUUACUGCGGAAAUUUACAGGCAACCCACACAUUCCGAAACCCCGGAGGAUCCUGCGGUCUGGUUGGGGCAGUAACCCUUACAUCCACGGGUCUUACUCCUACACCCGUGUCGGGUCGACUGGAGCAGAUGUGGAGAAACUCGCAAAGCCCCUGCCUUAUCCAAAAAGCACAAAAGUGGCUCCAAUGCAGGUUUUAUUUGCUGGGGAGGCCACUCACAGAAAGUACUACUCAACUACACACGGUGCUUUGCUUUCUGGGGAGCGAGAGGCUGCACGUCUCAUAGAAAUGUAUCAAGACCUCUACCAAGGCAAGGGCACAAGGUUUGAUAACUAACAAACCACUUACCAUCAAGACCUUGUAUGGACUGGACGAAAAAUGUGUUCAAUGUACUAUUUCUUAAAAUGCAAUAUUAUAAUCCUUGUUUAAUAAGGGGUUAAUAAGGUUUGAAUCAUUUUAAAAUGGAUUUAUGUAUGUACACAAUCUGGUAAAGCUUUGACCAUGCAAAUGUUUACACCCCAGUACUGUUUCAAUUUUUAAAUUAAUGUACUUCUAACCUCAUUUUGAUUUUUUGUAUCAUAAGUGCCUUCUUGUGUUGUUCACUGUAUAAUAAAAUGAUGGGUGUAAUAGAGCAGCAGGGACUGUCAGCAAACUUACCUGUGGAGCUGAAUCUGUGAAAAAGGCUCCAGGUUGAAGCUACCUGAAGGUGUUCUGCAAACUGCUGAUGUGAGUUUCGCUGUCUCUUGCUACUAGAUACAACAGCCACAAAAUAAAGCCCCACCUUUUAUCAGUGGUUCAAGGAUAGUGUGCUUGCUUCUGGUUCGGAAGGUUGAGUUCAAGCUAACAAACACAGUUUUAGAAGCUAACAAACAGCCUAAACUAUGUUACUCCUGCGCAGUGCGAAGCAAUUUUGAAGGUUUCAUCUUUUGGAUAAGAUGAGUUGCAAACAGCUAUGAAAAGUCCUAUGGCAUGUCAUCGAGAAACAGGAAACCAGGGAAUUAUAGACAUAUUCAAAUUGGCAGAUUGUUGCAUGUAUCUCUCAUGGAUAUAUACUGGGGCCAUUUAAUAUAUUUUUAAAUGACUUGGAUGGAAGAGUAGACAGCAGUAUAUGCAAGUUUGUCGGUGAUACCAAGUUAGGAGGUCCAGUAAAUAACAUACAUGGGAGCAGAAAGUUGCAAAAUGACAGUAAUAGAUUAAAUGAAUGGCUAAAACUGGGGUGGUACAUUUUAAUCUAGGAAGUGAAGAUCUUUCAGCUGGUACUUAAGGAAGAUAACUCGUUGUGCUGUCUUGUGAGAAGCUACCUUCUGUGGUGGAGAACAGAUUUAAAGUUAUGUGUACAAAACCACUAAAAGCUAAUGGACAACGACAAAACUGAACUUGAAAAAAUAAAAGAAUAUUUGGCUUUACCCUAAGGAAGUGAAUGUUACAUGACAGUUAUGGCUGAAAAUGUGUUGCUGAAAAAGCGCAGCAGGUCAGGCAGCAUCCAGG